CAAAAGUCUCGUCAAAUCUCGUCAUAUACGAAGGCGGUGAUUUGAAACUUGAAACUAAGAGAAUAAAUGCUGACAAAAAUAAUUAAGGAACAUGGAUUCUUGCACUGUUAUGGAACUUGCUUCACAAUUUGGUGAUAAAAUCCAAAACUUGAAGAAUUGUUUUAAGCUCCAAGCCUGCAGUGGAGAUGUUAACUGCCAGCAGCUGUUGACAGGUAUAGAUAAAGAGAUCUGUGAGUUGGAAGUUUUGAUGGCCUUGAUGAGAGCAGAGGUGGCAAGAGAAAAAGAACAUUUGAAGUCCCUGGAGGUGUUAAAGGAACAGGUUCUAGACCUCCAGAAGAAUCUCCAUUAUGCAAAUGAUAAUCUUCCACAAAGGCUUCCACAGAAAAAAGUUUGCACUAAAAAUGAGGCAUCUGAAAAUGGAACAACUGGCAGCCCAUUAGGAAGUAAGAAAGAUGCAGUGAGCUCAGAAAAUGGUACGGUGGUGCAGGGAGCUAGAAAAAGAACCAGACCCCCUGUUCCUGCUAUUGAAUAUUUGACAAAGGAUGAAUUUGAGGAGGUGCCUAAGUACAUAAAAGGAAGGAUAAAUUAUGACAGUGUUAAUUUGGCUAUUGAUGAGCUUAACAAGGCUGUUUCUGCCAAGUACAGUAUUGUUGGAAAGCCCAGAUCUGUCAUUAUGAAAAGCAGUGAUGCCAUAAAGAAACAGUUUGACCAGUUUAAAAGUCAAGAAACAAAGGAGACUAAAGGUGUGCAUUUCAUAGUUGAUGGGGACAUCAAAACACUGAGCAGUUUAAAGAUGGACUCCAGUGCCAGAUGUGUGCUAACCAUACUAAGACAUUGUGGUAGGAUAAAGGAAGUCAGGGGAGGAGGCUGCACCAGAUACUGUGUUUGUGUUUAAAGAUGGACUGCACCAGAUACUUGUUAAACAUGUCAGACAUAUAUUAGAUACAGUGUGUAGUCAUAAUUUAUUAGCUCUCUGUAUGCCACAAAGGUGAUAGUUCCUAAAUUUAUGAGAGAUUAAGAUCCUGAUUUGCUUAACAAUGUUUUUGACUUUUCCACACACUUUAGGAACAUUGUUUUAGUAUAUUUUGAUCCAUUUGCUUAAAACUUACUGAAUCCACCAUGACUAUGCCUUUCCCAUGGACAGCCACUGUACUGGUCUUGUCAAAAAAGUCCCAUGUGUGGAAUUUCAUCAAGUUUGUUAACAUUAUCAUUUUAUUACGACUAAGGCUGUAUUCCCAGAGCUUUUAGAUCGAUCUGUCCCCGUGGGGAGUCU